AGAGCUGCUGCUGCUGGAGCAGAAGAUGCAAGGGCCUCCUGGUACUUUUGAAGAAUUCUUACAGUCUCAGAAAUUGGAUGAUUGGCCAAGAUUUCCCUUUCUAGAUGAAGAUCGUCCUUUGGUGGACAAAUUAAGAAAUGACUAUUCACUUGAUGCUAUUUCUAAGUUUCUGUUUGACAAUGCUCCACUACAAAUCAGCCUUGUCUCAGACUUGGAGAAGAGAAUAGAUGGGUGCACAGCUGAACUGAAGAAACAUGCUGAAAAAAUAUUUUCUUUUCAACAAAGGCUAACAGAGGAAGAUGACCAUCGUGUUUCACUACAGCAAACCAAUGAUACUCAACUUACUGAUUCAGAAGAAAUUUCAAUUCAAACAGGCAAGAUGGGGAAAACAAAGAUUGAUAAAUAUAUCACUGAGGAAUCAAGCAGAAAAAAUGUCAAGAAUUAUAGAUACCCAGGUUUCAAGUUAAAACAGCUUACAGAACUACCAAGACAUUUGGAAGCAGCAAAACUUUGGGACUUGGUUAUAAAAGCUCACAAUUUCAAAGGAGAAGUUUUUAAAGUUUGGAGAAAGUUGUUUCUCUCAGAAGCAUCCAUUGCUGUUUUACAGGAUUGUUUUUGGUGGUGGUUUCUUCAAAAGUUUAAGCCUAAUCAAGAAGAUCAAGAUCACUUGUUUGACAGAAUUGCAGACAGCUUUGUAUCACUUUUCCUAUGUGUCCCCAGUGAUACUAAAGAUGCUUUUUUUCAGGUGUAUCCUGAUUGUUUGUCACAAGUCAUCUAUGUUGCUUUCUGUGAAGCAUUUCCAGAAUCCAAUAAAUCUUUUGAUGAUGCAUUUAAAGAUGGACUAGUGGAUUUAAUUUUUCAAUGGGUAUCAGGUCUAAAGCCACAGAAAUUUGCUUGGAAGAAAUGGAAUCUAGAGUGCCUGAAGAAGCCCACAGUAAACAGUAACAAGAAGGAUACAAUUACCAAGGCACCAGUUAAGGAGUCUGGCAAAUCCAAAGCAGUCAUUGACGCUUGUGACCAGAUGGGUUCCAGACCUCUUUUACCUGAAGCACGUGAGCAACACCCAACCUCCCACUCAUCAGUGAGAUUUCAAGUGGGUCUUGAUUUCGAAGAUCUAACUGAAGAUACAAAAAAGAUGUACAUUUCAUCAGCUGAAGAAAUAAAGGAUGACAGUAAAUGUAAAAUGGAUAUGCCAAAAGAGUCCAAAACCAUAAAAGAGUCCUGUUAUAUUGGCUCAGGUCCCGACUUCCAGCAUGUACUCUUCAGAAUUGGUGGUCGAAGUCCUCUGGUCUCAUAUUAUCUUAAGCUGCAUGAAAUCACUGAUGGUGUCUCAAGCUCUUUGACUUACAAGAUGAAGCGUACUGAAAUUUGCAAGCUACCGCCAGUUGCUCCAACUUAUCAAGAAGUUAUUAAAGAGACACGGAGGCUCAGAAGGGAAUUCCGGGAGGAUUAUACUGUAUUAACAGAGAGCACCUCCAAGAAUCCCUCUGAACUAAGGCUGAGCACAGAUAUGUUAAUGCAUGAACUGGAAUUCGCAACAUGGGACAAGAAACCACCCAGUAGUGGAAGAAAAGCAACUUCUUAAAGCAAGCAGGAUCCAAUCCAGCUUUCUGUGAAAUCAAUGGAAAGAUUCCCCUUGCCUUCAUGGGUUUCAAUCCAGUUCUCUAAAUCAACUGCCCAAAUUCACUUGGGAUGCAACCCAGUUUUUAAGUGUUGUAUUGCAGAUACAGUGUUGGCUUUGGAUUGUGGAAUGCCAUUUAAAUAUCUUCAAAUUUAUUCUGAAUCAUUUGAUAAUUCUCUGUGGUCACAUCCUAUGAUUUGCUGUUAUACGUAGUCAUUUUAAAAAUGUAAUAAAAGAUCAUUUUAAAGGAAACGAGUUGUGUGUUACAGCUGAAGCUACUGUGCUUCAAAAUAAUGUGGCCAACAUUUUCAAACUUGGAUGCUAAGAUUAGGCACCUAAUUAAAUCUCUAGGUACCUCACAAGGGGCUCGGUGUUUAGAGGUGCUGAGCACCAGUCGCUCCCACAGAAGUCACUGAAAUUGUUGGUGCUCAACACCUCUGAAAUUCAGGCACCUUAUUUAAGAGUAUCCUCUUGUAAAUAAUACCUCUCUAGCUGUCAGAGGCAAGGCUGACAAAACCUAAUUUAUUAGAACACGUGCCACCAAGAAAUGGAGAAUAGGGGGUAGCAAGAAAAUUAUCCACAGUGGUUUAGGGACUCGAGGUUUUUGAAAGCUGCAAAGGGAUUUAGGAGCCCUAGUCCAAUUGACUUUCAGUGCCUCUAAAUCUCUUAAGUGCUUUUGAAAAUCUCUCCCUUUUUUAUUUGCUCCAUCUGCUUCAAACAACUAACAAGAAAAACAGCCAUUAAUAACAUGAGACAGACAGGUUACAGAAAGUACAAGUCUACUCUCUCUGCAAAAAUAGUUGACCAACUAGUGGCUAAACUUUUCAGUGCUCCAAACCAUAGUCAAUAGGGAUCUCUUUGUAUCUUGGCAGGGAGUAGAUAUUAAAACAUAAAGAUCUAGGCAAAACAGAAAACCUCUGGAUAUGCAGAUUAUUCUCUACACUUUAAACCUUGUGAGGAGGCAAUGCUUGGAAUGUAUUUUUGGAAAGGUUUUUAAAGUUACAUGUCAGCUGUAUAUCACUGUAAGUAAAGACAAUAUAUUUUAUGCAGUUGCUGAUCCAUGAUCUUAAAUAUGUUAGUUAAAAUUUUCAAGAGUGCCUAGAGAUUUUUAGGUGCCUUAGUUUUUGAGUAACCAAUUUAAGACAGUUUAAAGGGACCUUACACAGGGCGGAUGCUCAGUGUUUUCUGAAAAUUUGGCCACUUCAAGAUGUAUCAAGUUUGGCACCCAAAAACUGUGGCACCCAAAAUCAUUGGUCAGCUUUGAAAAUCUUGGCCAUAAAA